AUGAGGGGAAGCCAAGGGAAGACAGAAAGACAGACCCAGUUCAUCGAUGCUACGGCCAAGGUCCAGCGUACAGACCGGCAGGCGGCAGGCGGCUGGGCCAAAGAGUCAACGACUCAACUAUAUGUAUCGACAUCGUUCCCGGGUCAGGUUCUGAUCUGCAAGUUCCAGACUUCCUCAACCUCCUCUUGCCCUGACCAACCAGAACCUUCAAGAAGCCUUUCGUCCUCCGACUCCCCCAUACGAAACCGCCGUCUAUCAUCUCAACUUCAACCAAAUUUCACCAUGAAGUUCGCUCUCGCUGCAUCCCUCAUCGGCAUGACGCUCGCCUGCCCCCCACCUGCUCCUAGACCCGAAUAUCAAGGGGGCUAUAUAAGGCUCAUACCCUGCUGGUGGGAGCAAGCCGGUUAUUGUCUACCUUGGCUCGACCCAAACACUCAGCAGCAGGUCUUCCCCGACCAAAACUUCGUCGUGGUGGUCGGCAUAUCGGACGCGUGCGUCGGGGUCAUCGCGGAGGAGCACGCCCGGGAGCUAGACGGGCGCCCGACGUACGGAUGGACCGAGCAGCACGGCCAGCAGACCGUCAUCGGAAAUACCCUCGUCAUCACCGGGAUGACCGAUCUAGUGAUACAGAGAUAUCAAAACAUGCGUUACGUUUGGCAGUGUCCGGAUCCUUAUGCGCCCUGCCACGACCAGACCGCACCUGCGAUACCGCCCCGCGAGACUGGUGCGCUGGGCUAG